AUGGAGCUUAGUUUCUUGUAUGACGCGCUCUACACCAAGGCAACAGUGGCCUAUUCUCUAUUAGGCAUUAUUCUCCGCACUGUCAGCUUCUUGUCCACUAUUUCUACCUUAGCGGCCUUCUGCUUCUUCAUCGAUAGGCAUGAGUUCUCAAACAUUGACAUCAACAUUACUUACGCGUUACUCUUUGGAGCUAUUUUUCUGGAGAUUUACUCUAUCAUUAUGCUGAUUUUGUCUGACUGGAGCAUUGUCUGGUUGAGCAGUAAGAGCAACUCCGUUGCUGAUUCCAUUUGCCGAGCCAUUGCCUCUUUUCAAUCAGUUGUAACCAGUGACCAGAGAUGGUCUAGACGCAUGGCACAAAACAAUUUAAUUGAUUCUUGCCUCAGAGACAAAACCAAGUUCAAUCCGGUUCCCAGGUUCUUUGACAUGAACAAAUUCUUGGAGAGGUACUGGUACAUGACUUGGGAGAAGGUGGAUGACAUGAAGAAACCCAUCUUCUACUGGCUCCUAGAGAUGACAAAUGAUGCCGGGGAUCGCAGGAAGCUACUCAAAUACAGAGGUGAUAAUGUGACUAGAAAAAAAGGGUUUUUUGAAACGCUUCGUUGGAGUAUAAUUGAUGUGGAAUUUGAUCACAGCAUCCUCCUCUGGCAUAUCGCUACAGAUCUCUGUUAUCCUUGUGAUGUCGACAAAUCCCCAGAUACCAAUCUCAAGUCAAGAUGCAAAAUAAGCAAAUGCUUGUCUGAGUAUAUGUUGUAUCUGUUAGUCAUGUGUCCAUUUAUGCUGCCAAAAGGGAUAGGGGAGUUUCGGUUCCGAGACAUUUGUUCAGAGGCCAAAAGAUUUUUUCAGGAAAGAAGCAACUCCAUAUCUAACAGAAAUGAAGCUUGCGGAUUGCUGCUUGAAGUUGACACGGAAGUUGAGCCCAGAGAUGCGAAAGAAGAUAAAAGCAAGUCGGUGUUAUUUGAGGCAUGUAGGCUUGCCAAAAUGUUUGAAUCAUUGGAAAUAGAUGCUGCAGGAGAGAAAUGGGAGAUGAUAAGUGGGUGGAGAUGUUAUGCUAUGCUGCUAGUCAUUGUGGAUGGAUUCAACACCGUCAACUAUUCCACCACCGUCAGCAACUCCGGCGAGGCGGGGAGCUACUCACUCAUGUCUGCCUUCUUAUGUCUCACCUUGGCUUAA